UCCUUCUUGGUCUCUGCCUCUCAUCCCCUUAUAAGUAACUUAGAAAUAGCAAGUACAGCUCUUCACAGGAUACAAAGCAACAAGCCAUGGAUCCUGAUCUGUAUGAGGCUGUAACAGAAGGUAACGUAGCUUUGCUCAGGCAAUUAUUAAACGCAGCAACGGAAGAUAUCCAACAACAGAGCGACCAAACCAUGAACAAUCUACUACUCAUUGCCGCCCAAUUCAACAACGUUGAAGUUGUAAAGGUAAUCCACGAUUGUCUGCCAACAACAAUUAUCAGCAGGGGGAACCAUAGAGGAGACACCCCACUCCACAUUGCUGCACAGCAUAAUAAUGCUGCAGUGGUCAAGUGUCUGUUGGAAUGGGCCAUGGAAACAGGAGACGAAGCAGAGAAUCGGUCUAUAAAAUAUCAAUUGGUGAAGUUUACGAACAGGUGUGGGAAUACAGCCUUGCAUGAAGCUGUUCUUGGGAGACACCAUGAAGUGAUAGAAGUGUUGAUGGAGGCGGACAAAGAGGUGAUCUUGAUUAAGAAUAAGCGCGAGGAAUCACCACUGUAUCUGCCUGCUGACCGUGGGUUGCCCGAUGUGCUGGGGAAGAUGUUGAAAGUUCCAUUGGAAAAUGAAAAUUUCCAGAAUCUUUAUCUAAGUGCCAAUUACGGCCCCGACGGCUGGACACCUUUGCACGCUGCCGUUGCUAAGAACCAUUCAGUAUGCAUCAACAUUCUAUUGGAACAAAAGGAUGACCCCAUUAGUAGAGCAGAUGCAGCUGGAAGAACUCCUCUUCAUUAUGCAGCAUCAUUUGGCUAUACUGAAGGAACUCGUUGCAUAUUAAAGAAAGAUGCUUCUAUCGCUUGCAAAGAGGACAAAAAAGGUCUCUGUCCCAUACACUUAGCAGCCAGUAAAGGUUAUGUUGGAAUAAUUGAAGCUAUGCUAGAAUAUUUCCCGGCGGCAAUAGAGACAUUAAACAAAGAAGGUCAGAAUGUUGUUCAUCUAGCUACUAAGAAUGGGAGAUCCAAAUUAGUAAGUUACAUGCUUCAGCAGAAAUCUAAGUUUCAAAAGCUUGCAAAUGCAAAGGAUAUUAAUGGAAACACGCCACUCCAUUUGGCCACUAUGAACUUGCAUCUGGAGGUUAUGUACUUUCUAAUUGAGAAAGGGAAUGUAGACAUGAGUAUCGUGAAUGAUGAAGGCCUGACAGCCCUAGACAUUGCAGAGAUGAAGCAAAGGAACAAGUCAUACUCAUUGCCAAAGGUUCUUCCACUAGCAGUCUUACGUAUUAAUUCUGCACCAUCUGGUCGACCUUUUCCAAUUAUGGAAGAAAAUACGUCAGCAGGUAAACGAAAAAAAAAACAUUACAAAAAGAAAUUCAAAGACAGGUUCGACACUUUUGUGGUUGUAGCAACGCUGAUCUCCUCAGUCACUUUCACCGCGGGUUUCACAAUCCCUGGAGGUUUGAACAGUGAUGGCCCAGAAAAAGGCAUGGCUACCUUGCUAAGGAACGAUGCAUUUAUUUUUUUCGUGGUCUACAAUACCAUUGCUUUUUAUCUGUCUAUCGCGGUUGUGCUGAACAUCAUUUGGGAACAGUGGGGUGACGAUCGCUCGUUGAUUCUUGCAGUUAACUUAAGCUUACAAUUGUUAACCAUAGCUCUCACAAUGAUGGCUAUGGCAUUUGGAGCAGGCUUGUACACGGUGAUACGUGAACUUCACUGGCUUGCCUUCUUGGUUUUGAUCAUUGGAGAAAUCACGGCUUUCGUCUUUUUAGCCAUCUCUCUUUUCUAUUACGCAAUUCUCCUUCUUCUAUUUGCUGUCCCAUAUAUGCCCAAGAACCCUGUUUUGCGAUACUCCAAGGGGAUCUUCUAUCUUUGGAUCUUAGCAUUUGAUAGAUUAUUUCAAGGCAAAAUUGUUGAGGGCAAGUAGUGGACCAAUCACCCCAUGGAGAUGUUUCUUGUUUUGUUUAGACACUAUCAAAUGCAAGGGUUUCGGUUUGUUUCCUUUGGGCCUGUUGAGAGGGAAAACCACUCGUAUGUAUGGUAUGUAUUACGGAUAAUAAUAGAUUCUAAUGUAAUAGUAGUGUUUGCAUGUGAUAUACUGUAUCAGGUGUUAUCUCAUCACAAUCUUAGUAUAUUAAGAAAGAUUAUAUUUUGGUUGUCUUAGUGUUAAAAAUUUCUCAUUCUA